AUGGUCAACUCAUCACCAGAAUACGCAAUAACGAAGCCAGGCAUACGACCUCUGUCGCGAAAGCGCGACAAGCCUCUGCGCACUUACGGCAGGCAAUCCACAGCGACGCCAGAGCCUCGAUCAGAGCCCCCGGCCAAGAGGGUCCGAAUCACAUACGCCAUACACGAUGAUAAAAAUGUAAAGCCACUUGACAUCACCGUUGCUGAAGAUGAUACGCCCACGGUGGCGCCUGUUUUCAAAGCAAAGGCGCAGCCCACCACCGAGCAAGACCAAGAGAACGCGCCACUGUCCAAGCCAGAGCCCAACGUGCCUGCUAAGCGAUCGAUACUGAACUACUUCAGACCCGUCACAACUCAUCUCACGCCAAUCAAGCACGCACAAACAAACAUUUUGCAAGUAAUGGAGGACAAGAGGGCUACCGAGAAGAAGAACGCGACCGAGGAGCAAGGUGCUAUCACAGGAAGGAGAGGUUCGGAGAAAAAUAAGGCCCAGCCACAGGCGCGCCCGAAGAGGCGAUUGCUGCGGAUUCGGUCGAACCAAUCUAUCGAUUCCGAGGGUGCUGAUGAGCACUACGGAUGCAACGCCGAGGAUGAAGGAGACGAGUCAAGCGAUGCGAUACAAGACGAGCCACGUCCAGGGCGCAAACGACGGCUGGGUGGCGGCGGCUCUGCAAGCUGCGAUUCGAGGCGCGUCAGGCGGAAAGCAGCUUCUGCCGAGGUGCAAACGACGCUCAACAUUUCGAACCAGGCUCCGUUUUCCGAGUGCAAGAUUUGCGACACGGUGUGGAAUCCCUUAUACCCCGACGACGUCAAAUAUCACACCAAACGACACGCUGCACAGCUAAGGACGAAGAAGAAACGGGGUGAUGGCUUUUAG